UGACACUUGGCUGAUUGUUGUUUGAGGUUAUGUUUCUGGAGUGUGAAGUCAUAGUUUCAUUAUCACACUACUCAAUACUUUUGUGUCUUGAUUGUGUUCAAAAGUCUUACCGACUUAAAGUUUAAUUUUUAUGAAGUUUUAUUUAGCCAGUAUUUUUUACUUUUACCAGUUUAUUUAAUUGAUCUCAUCGUUUUAGUCUAGUGCAAAAUGUUGGUUGUAUUAGGGGGUGGAAUUGGUGGACUUAGUGCUGCUCAUUACCUUGUCAAGAGGAAUAAUGCUAACUCUAAAAUACUGCUUGUAGAAGCAACCAGCUAUCUUGGAGGAUGGAUAAAAACUAUUGUCAAUGAAGAUAAAGGUGUUAUUUUUGAGACUGGACCACGUACAAUACGACCCGCCGGCCAUCAAGGAGCUAACACGUUAUUGCUUAUUGAGGAACUAAACUUAGCAGAUAAGGUGAAGCCAAUUUCAAGAUCUCAUCCUGCUGCAAAAAACAGGUUCAUUUACACAAACAAAAAGCUGCAUCCUCUACCCUCCAGUCUUGGAAGCAUGUUUUUUGCACAACCACCUUUUGAAAAACCAUUAAUAAUGAGUAUCUUUAAAGACUUAUCAACACCAAUGAAGAAGAUUCAAGAUGAAAGUUUGUACAGUUUUGUAGAGAGGAGGCUAGGUAGAGACAUUGCCGACUACGCGAUAAGCCCCAUGGUUUGUGGGAUUUGCGCGGGUGAUGCUAAAGAAAUAAGCGUCAGAUUUCUAAUGUCCAGCCUCUUCGAUGCAGAACAGAAACAUGGAUCUAUCAUUAGAGGACUUUUGAGAAACAUGUUUGACAGUAGUUCAAAUCCUAAAAUUGAGGGGAUUCUCAGUGAACGAGCUAAGAAGGAAAAGUGGAGUGUUUGGACCAUGGAAGGGGGACUGCAAACUUUGCCUGAUAAGUUGUCUUCCAAGUUAGCUGAUGAUGGAGUUGACAUUUCUUUGAAUGAAAAGUGUACCAGUUUAAAAUUCGUUGAUGGUGGAGUGCAGUGUAGGAUCGGCUCUAAAGAUGUUCACGCUAAACAUGUGGUUUCCUCGAUUGCAGCCAAUGGACUAGCCAAGAUUAUUGGAGACAAUUUUCUCUCCCAGGAACUAUCUGAAAUCGAAUGUGUGACAGUAGGUGUGGUUAAUCUUGCUUUCAAUGGAGAUCUCCUGAAAGAAAAUGGUUUCGGCUUUCUAGUACCACCGUUUGAAGGUCUACCACUGCUAGGUAUCAUUUUCGACAGCUGCUGUACCCAACAAAGUGGCAAAACUGUGUUGACUGUAAUGAUGGGUGGACGAUGGUUUGAUAAAUAUUUUGGUAAGAACCCUACUAAAGAGAAUCUCCUGGAUACUGCUAUUACCCAAGUCAAAAACAUUCUUCACAUCAAUGAGCAACCGAUCCUAUCAAACUGUGCGAUUCUUGAAAACUGUAUACCUCAAUAUGUUAUUGGUCAUCACGAGCGAGUUAACAGAAUUCAAUCCUAUAUAAGUGACAAGAAGCUGCCUCUUUCUUUGGUGGGCUCAUCUUACAAUGGAGUUGGUUUGAAUGAUGUAAUUCUAUCAUCAAGAACUGCUGUGGAUAAAAUCAUUCUCUAAAAUGUUUUUUUUUUUUGUUUUGUUAGUAGUGUAUAUUUCAAUAAAUUUUUUAUCAAGUUAUA